AUGGCGAGCACGGAGCUGGGUGCAGGUAUACCUGUGACUUCGUUUUAUCCAUGCCACCGAACCCGUUCCACACGGCUACAAGCAACAACGGACGCGCUGUUCGAGGAGCUCGACAACGGCAACUUGUCCGAUGUAGACGGCGAAUUUGAUGACUCGGAUGACGAGGGUGUGCAGCAUUGUGCUUCUGAUGGAGCUCGAAUGGUGAGCGACAGUGAAAGCUCCGAUGACGAGAGUGCACUGGACACAUCUGGCGGCUGGAGACGAAAAUCGUUCAAGGCACCAGACUCAACAUACACAGAUUUCGUGAGCACGCUAGAAAAGUAUGCCAAGCAGAAGAACGACAUCGUGUUUGUGCUCGAUGAGUCUGGCAGCAUCGGGGCGGAGAACUUCCCGGCGGAGCUGACUUUCACCGAGCUGAUGGCGCGCCUCCUGGUGGUGUCGGAGGACUUCUCGCGGCUCGCGGUCGUCACCUUCUCCAAUGACAACGUCAAGCACAUCGACCAAAUCUCCGGCGGGGGCAACAUGUGCGGCUUCGUGCAGCAGGUGAACCAGAUCCCGUACCGCACAGGAGGCACGAGGACCAAAGAGGCGCUGCAAUAUGCCAGCCAUCUGCUACACAACGGCCGGACGGAUGCCAAUCGUAUAAUCGUUCUUAUAUCGGACGGGCAGGCGAACAGCGGCUCCGAGCCAAACUACGUUGCCAGGGACCUCAAGUCCCAGGGCAUCACAAUAUUUGCAGUGGGAGUCGCAGGUAUCAACAAAGACGAGCUCGAAGCGGUCGCGACGUCCCAGGAGCACAUCUACAUGCUCCGCAACUUUGCGUACAUCAAGCAAGUGAACGACGACCUUCGAACAGACAUCCGUGAGAGCCAGUGGGACGCUGUCGCCGUCCAGGAGUGCCUCCGCGAGAGCGGCCAGUGCGACUCCAACGCCAUCUGUGCGUGCGGUGCCCAAGGAGGAACCCACCGCUGCGUCUGCAAGCCGGGCUACGAAGGAGCUGGCACACUGGGCAACUGCCAGCGAUGCGGCCGCGGCACGUACAGGGAACACGCCGGCUCGAACAACUGCAGGCCGUGCCCGCCCAACUCGACCACCAGUGGCGAGGGCUCCACGAGUGAGGCCCAAUGCUACUGCAUUCCAGGUUACAAGGGUGAUCCCGGCGGUCACGUGCCGUGUAGCCCCAUCAAGUGCGCCCCGCUGUCGGAUCCGGCGGGCGGAAGCACCAUUCCGCGCAAGUGCGGAACCAGUUUCGGGGACCGGUGCGACUUCCUGUGCACGGAAGGGCAGUGCCCCUAUCAGUGCGACCGGGCCAUGCUGGCCGCUGGCGACCUGCCCUGGAACCGCGUGACAAAAGUGCCCCGCGUCUGCCAGGCAGACAAGACCUGGUCCGGGCCGGAGUUUUUCUGCGAGAAGGUGCGCUGCCCAGCCCUGCAGCCUCCGGCGAAUGGCGUUCUCAAUUGCUCAAGCACCACGCUCGAAUUCGGCACCACGUGCACACCGGGCUGCAACCUCGGUUACAACAUCACUGGCGGCGACCCACACCUGACAUGCUCCAUUCAGGGUAGCUGGAAAGGUCAAAUGCCCAUGUGCAAAGUUGUCGAGUGUCAAGCCCUCAAAGUAAACGACAAGCUCGAUGUCAGCCCUGGUAACUGCAAGAAGCGACCAUCGGCUUACGACUUUCUUUGCCAGUACCACUGCAAGGAAGGCUGGGCGCUGGUUGACAGGGACACCAAGAAGCCAGUCGACGGAGUGCGGAAAUGCUUAGCAGACGGGACAUGGCUGAACGCCAAGCAAAAGAUAACAUGCCAAGAUGUGCAAAAGCCCAUGAUUGUGAACUGCCCUCUAGAUAUGACGUUCUACAAUGCCCCGGGUAGGCCUUUCUCCGAUCCAGUGCAGUGGAAAGAGCCCGUGUCCACCGACAAUUCCGGCUCGUCCACCGUAAAACUCGUGUUCCCGCUCGAGAUCACGACUCUGCCGCACGAGUUCCCGAUUGGAGAGCACGACAUUCAAUAUGUUGCCACUGACGCCGAGGGUCUCGCGUCGGACCCGUGCGCAUUCAAAGUGUUCGUGCUAGACGUGGAAAAUCCAUUGGUCACCUUCUGUCCGGACAACAUUUUAACGGUCUCUGGCACGCGUGAAACUAACGUCACUUGGGAGGAACCGCGAUUCCUGGACUACGGGCCCGGAGAGCUGCAGGUUGUCAAGGACAGAGAACCAGGCAGCGCUUUCAGCUGGGGACCACCAAGCACUGUCACAUACCAUGCGACAGACGCAUCCGAGAACACCGCGACCUGCUCAUUCCAAGUUAUCGUGAAACCUUACAAGUGCCCUUAUGUUGCACCGCCGAAACACGGUUUCGUGACGUGCGACUCUGAGACUGAGCGUCAAUUCUGCAGUGUUUACUGCGAUCAAGGCUACGAGUUCGUCUUCAAGCCAGACGCCCUCUAUCGAUGCAAGCAGACAAAGCAGGGAGGACACUGGAGCACUUUCUCGAAAAAUCACAGAUUCCCGUGGCCAGAUUGUGCUGUUUCUUCAAGGAGCAAGAAGACCGACUUUACCGUGGAUUUCAAGUUUGCUACGAACUCCUGCCAGAUAAGCGAAAAGCGCAAGGCUGAGCUCAAAAAAAGGUUCUUCGAACGGUUGUCCAAGAAGCUGAAGCGGUUCCCUGGCAUGUGCGAAGCCAGUCAGGGCUGCACGGUCGACAACGUGCACAUCGCGUGCGACGCCAAGACGCCGCUGGACAAUGUUCCCAGGGUGCAGCGGAGGGACACCGGCGUCCGCAUCGCCAGAAGCCAGUCGGACGACGAGUUCGACCUCAGGAUCUUCUUCACGAUUCCUUUUGGUGGCGACUUUAACGCAACGCACUUGGUGGAAGCUUGCGAGCAUUGCAAGAACGCCAGCCUUUUUCACCCUAGCACAGCUCAAGAAGCGGCGCUUUCAGCGAUUCUUGAGGAAGCAUCGACGGAAGCUGUGAAUAGUACUGUGUCCGAACUGCUGCCGGAUGCCUUGCUUGUCGAAGCAGCGCACUCAAUAAAAUCUGUCUGCGAAAGAGGCCAAGUCUCCAAUGGACUUUUGUGCGGUAAGCUGACGCGACGACUUCAAAGUAAUUAUGUUUGCAUGAGUGACAGUCUUACGAAUUUAUUCGACGAGUUAAUUGGAACAAUAGACAUAGGAAGAUACAAGACACAGCUUUCACAAGAACUUGUAGCUUUACAUAUAAAAGGCAGGGAGCUGAGUCACACAUGGUUAUAAUGAUGACAUGGUGCUCUUUGCCCAACAAAGAACAGAGACGCCACCUAGCUCUAGUAAUCGAAUUGAACAUGAGGUACCCGCUAUCACGCUUCUCUUGAACACAGCAAGAUGGCUCGUGUGUUUUUCUCGUUUUGUAUAUAUAGCUUUAUACCUACG